UGAGAAAUGAAAUGUAUCCUUGGAAUUCGUCUGAAAUUCAUUAUGAACAUAAGCAUGGGUUUCAACACUAUCGUUUUAUAAAUGAAUGUGAUUUUUCAAUUUCUCUGCAAACUAAAUGAUCUGUUUAAAUUUCUGGAAAUCCAUGUGCAUUUAAAAUAGCCCCUUUCUUUCCCCAUUGUAGCAUCUCCAUUUCUCCAGGUGCAGAAUUGCAGAUCAGAAGCAGAGGAGGCUCUGGCGUGAGCGUGAGCAAGAGGUUUUAUAGCUUCAGCAAACCACUCUUCUUCCUCGCGACAAAACCUUGGCCAUGGCGAUGAGCUUCAUCUUGCUCACCACUACCCCCGUAGCCUCCGCCUCCCUCCUCCCCAUCCGCCGCCAGCUCGCCGCCGGCCCCUCCCUCUCCUUUCCCUUGAAGCCCCACCGCUUCCCUUCCCGCUUCCGAAUUCCACCCAAACCCCCGCGCUUCUCCAGAGGCCCCUCAGUCUCCCCCUCCUGCGAGGCCCCGACCGUCAGCGCCCUCUCGCCCGUCGCCUCCACCUCGAGGACCCUCCUAUUCCUGCUAGCCGCAGGCCUCCUCUCCCUCUCUGGAAUCCGUCCGCUCCCCGCCCUCGCCUCCGCUCCCCCGCCGACCCAGCAACCGCAAGAAAUCGAGGGGCAAGACGAGCAGCAACCGCAAGAAAUCGAGGGGCAAGACGAGCAGCAAGAAUCCGAAGAAAGGAAGGAGCAGGUCGAGGACCAGGUCGAGAAAGCAGAGGUGAAAGAGAAUGAGGAGCAGCAAGAGGAUGAGGAGGAGGAGGACGACGACGAGGUGCGGAUGUAUUCAGCGAUUCUGAGUCGCGACCCGGGCGACGUCGACACGCUCAAGUGCGCGCUGUACGCCAAGAUGAGGCGUGCAGAUUGGGGCGGCGCGCUCCGGUACACGCGGCGGCUGCGUGACGCCGAGCCCGGCGAGGUGGAGUGGCGGCUGAUGGAGGCGCAGCUGCACGAGCUCAAGGGGGAUCUCGCCGAGGCCGAGCGCCAGUUCAGGGGGGUCCUAGCAGAGGAGCCCCUCCUCAUCCGGGCUCUCCAUGGACUCGCAAUAUGUAUGCAAAAGAAACAUGAAGGCCCUGCUGGUUUUGAAAUGCUUGAUAAUGCUUUGCAACUUGCAGCUUCUGACAAAAGGGUCCCGGAAGAGCGCAACAUAAAGCUUUUGAUUGCACAAAUGCAUGUUGUCAUGGGUCAGUUAGGCAUUGCAUCGGAGAAACUACAAAAUCUUAUAAAUGAGGAUCCUCGAGAUUUUCGGCCUCAUCUUUGCCAGGGCAUUGUGUAUGCACUUUUAGACAGGAAAGAAGAUGCAGAUAAGCAAUUUGAUAUAUACAGAAGCCUUGUGCCAGAUGAAUUCCCAGAUAAGAGUUUUAUUAAUGAUGUGAUACUAGCAGCUAGAAUGGAGUCAAAUGAUCGGAUACAAAAGGAAUUUGGAACAGAAUUUCUAUCGAAGAAAUGAUCCAUUAACAUUUUCGUAGCUGAACAGUUAUACUCCUGGUAGGCUAGAUAGCUGCAUAGUGAUGUACGAAAUAUAAUAAAGGGAAGUGAAUGAGAGGAUUAGCACCAUUUUUCUUCAUUCCUUCUCCAACCCUGCUGUCACUUGGUAGUGGCGAAGAGAGGUGAAGUAUUUACGCCCAUCAUAAAAAAUCUGCUUGAAAGGUCAUAUCUGUAUCGAAAAGAUGUAGUAGCAGACAACUGGAUGUACAUGCUGAAAGAAGUUCGCUGAGACACUGAGUUGUGAAAUGAUAUACAAGUGUACAUGCUGAAAGAAGUGAAGUUUCUCUAUCA